AUGUCGGAGCCCGAGGAGGAGUUUGAGGAGCAGCAGGAGGUGCCUCCGGAGCCCCCAAACCACCGGAGGAGCCAGCCACAUGGUGUCCCAGCUGGCACCCCCAAAAUCCCGAGGGAGCGCGUGGACUUCGAUGACAUCCAUCGGCGGAUGGAGAAGGACCUGCUGGAGCUGCAGACCCUCAUCGACGCCCACUUCGAGCAGCGGCGCCGCGAGGAGGAGGAGCUGAAGGGGCUCAUGGAGAGGAUCGGCGCCGCCGGCCGAGGCGGAACAGAGCAGCUCCGGAGCCGCACGGAGAAGGAGCGGGAGAGGCAGGCGAGGCUGGCGGAGGAGAAGCUGCGCAAGGAGGAGGAGGAGGCCAAGAAAAGGGCCGAGGAUGACGCCAAGAAGAAGAAGGUCCUGUCGGCCAUGCCCCAUUUCGGGGGGUACCUGGCCAAGGCCGAGCAGCGCCGCGGGCGCCGCCAGACGGGGCGGGAGAUGAAGCUGCGGAUCCUGGCGGAGCGCAAGCGGCCCCUGGAGAUCGAGAACCUGCGGGAGGACGAGCUCAGGGCCAAGGCCAAGGAGCUGCACGACUGGAUCCACCAGCUGGAGUCGGAGAAGUUCGACCUGAUGGAGAAGCUGCGGCGGCAGCGCUACGAGAUCAACGUCCUGUACAACCGGAUCAGCCACGCCCAGAAAUUCAAGAAGGUCGGGAAGGGCCGCGUGGGCGGGCGCUGGAAGUGACCCUGCCCUCUCCCGUGACGUCACCUCCGCCGCGCGCACCAAUAAAAACGCUUCACAUCCGGG